UUUCUCCAUUUUUCCUACAAUGUAACAGCUAGUGACAAGAUUCCUAUCAAUCGAGAGAUUCCAGACACCAGGCCUGUUAGUUGCCCUGUGAUAGAUCCAUCAGAAGUAUUCAAUGAUACUGUUUCCAUAGUGAUAGCUGUUCACAAUGAGGCUCGCUCCGUCCUAAUUCGAACUUUAACCUCAAUCCUGGUGAACACCAACGCUCAGUUACUAAGAGAGAUCAUCGUAGUUUUUGAUAAUGAAUCAGACACUCAGUAUGUUGAAGAUUAUUUCAAAUCAGACGACAAAUUUGUCUUUCUUCAUACUAAACAACGAGAGGGUCUGGUACGAUCAAGACUACAGGGAGCCAAAAAUGCCAAUGGUACCAUUUUAGUUUUUCUUGACUCACAUUGUGAAUGUAACCAGCAAUGGUUGGAACCUCUGGUUUACUCAAUAGCUCAAAAUAGACACAAGAUCGUGAGCCCUUACAUCGAUUCUGUCAGACCUGAUACAUUUGAAUAUGUAGAGGCACCAGCCAAUCUUCAAGGUGGUUUUAACUGGAAUCUGGAGUUCAUCUGGCAGCCUAUACCUUUCAAUAAAUACCAGCUACGAAUCUCACCUCAUCAACCUAUCAGUACCCCAACUAUAAGUGGAGGAUUGUUUGCUGUAGACAGAGAGUAUUUUUACCAGCUUGGAGCCUAUGAUGAUAAAAUGGAUAUCUGGGGUGGCGAAAAUCUCGAACUCAGCUUCAGGACCUGGAUGUGUGGCGGUCAGCUAGAGAUUUUACCAUGUUGUCGUGUAGGACAUGUCUUCAGGAGUAUUUUACCCCAUAGCUUUCCCGAAGGUGGACAGCAGACAGUCUCUAGGAAUCUAGCACGAGUAGCUGAAGUUUGGAUGGAUGAUUAUAAUCAUAUUUUCUAUAACACUCUUAAUUUAACAAACAAUACAGAAGAUGUAACAGAGAGAAAAAAGUUACGAGAAAAGUUACAAUGUCAAAGUUUCUCGUGGUAUUUAAAUAAUAUCAUUCCAGAGUUAUCUGUCCCUGAAUACUCUAGUCAAGCUUUUGGAGAGGUAAGA